CGGCUGUACGGGUUCCGUGUGGGACUGUGAGGGCUGAGGAUUUCCGGGUCAGCGGGUUCUUCAUCGGGAGGCCAGGGCUAGCAGCUUCUUCUAAGAAGUGCACUGGGUUUACCCCACGGCCCUUUGGUUUUUGCUGGAGUGGAAGGAGAGUGUGGCGAUGGCGGCCCCUGCACAGCCGAAGAAAAUCGUAGCCCCUACGGUGUCCCAGAUCAACGCAGAGUUCGUGACCCAGUUAGCAUGUAAAUACUGGGCUCCUCACAUCAAGAAAAAAUCACCUUUUGACAUAAAGGUUAUUGAAGAAAUAUAUGAGAAGGAGAUUGUCAAGUCAAGAUUUGCCAUCCGAAAGAUAAUGCUAUUGGAAUUUAGCCAGUAUCUUGAAAAUUAUCUCUGGAUGAAUUAUUCUCCAGAGGUAUCUAGCAAGGCCUAUUUAAUGUCCAUCUGCUGUAUGGUGAAUGAGAAAUUCAGAGAAAAUGUUCCUGCAUGGGAGACUUUUAAGAAGAAACCAGAUCACUUCCCAUUCUUUUUUAAGCGCAUCUUGAAAGCGGCAUUAGCUGAAAAUGAUGGUGAAUUUUCACUCCAUGAACAGACAGUUCUAUUGCUUUUUCUUGAUCAUUGCUUCAAUAGUUUGGAAGUAGACUUGAUACGGAGUCAAGUACAGCAGCUUAUCUCACUCCCAAUGUGGAUGGGCUUACAGCCUGCGCGAUUGGAAUUAGAAUUAAAAAAGACACCUAAGCUAAGAAAAUUUUGGAAUUUGAUUAAAAAGAAUGAUGAAAAGAUGGAUCCAGAAGCAAGAGAACAGGCCUAUCAAGAAAGAAGAUUUCUUUCACAGCUUAUCCAGAAGUUUAUCUCUGUUCUGAAAUCAGUCCCACUUUCCGAACCUGUCACUAUGGACAAAGUUCAUUACUGUGAAAGAUUCAUUGAACUUAUGAUAGAUCUAGAGGCCCUGCUUCCUACUAGGCGCUGGUUUAAUACCAUCCUAGAUGACUCUCAUCUUUUGGUUCACUGUUACCUUUCCAAUCUUGUUCAUAGGGAAGAGGAUGGCCAUCUUUUUUCUCAGCUUUUGGACAUGCUUAAGUUCUAUACUGGUUUUGAAAUUAAUGACCAGACUGGAAAUGCUCUGACAGAGAAUGAGAUGACCACAAUUCAUUAUGAUAGAAUUACUUCUCUACAGAGAGCUGCUUUUGCACAUUUCCCUGAACUCUAUGAUUUUGCCCUCUCAAAUGUAGCAGAAGUAGAUACUCGGGAAUCCUUGGUCAAGUUUUUUGGCCCUCUUAGUUCAAACACUCUCCACCAGGUGGCAUCAUACCUCUGCUUGUUGCCAACCCUUCCUAAAAAUGAAGAUACAACUUUUGAUAAAAAAUUUCUUCUAGAAUUGCUGGUAUCUCGACAUGAACGUCGGAUUUCUCAGAUUCAGCAAUUGAAUCAGAUGCCUUUGUAUCCAACUGAAAAAAUCAUAUGGGAUGAAAAUAUUGUCCCAACUGAGUACUAUUCUGGGGAAGGUUGUCUUGCUCUUCCCAAGUUGAAUUUACAGUUUUUGACUCUUCAUGACUAUCUCCUAAGGAAUUUUAAUCUCUUCCGCUUAGAAUCAACAUAUGAAAUUAGACAGGAUAUUGAGGAUAGUGUCAGCAGAAUGAAACCAUGGCAAUCUGAGUAUGGUGGUGUAGUGUUUGGUGGUUGGGCACGAAUGGCCCAGCCCAUUGUGGCUUUCACUGUAGUUGAGGUUGCCAAACCCAACAUAGGUGAAAACUGGCCAACCCGAGUUCGUGCAGAUGUCACCAUCAAUUUGAAUGUCAGAGAUCACAUCAAAGACGAAUGGGAAGGUCUUCGUAAACAUGAUGUAUGUUUUCUAAUUACUGUGCGUCCCACAAAACCUUAUGGCACAAAGUUUGACCGGAGGAGACCUUUUAUUGAGCAGGUUGGCCUGGUUUAUGUCAGAGGUUGUGAAAUCCAGGGCAUGCUGGAUGAUAAAGGGCGUGUCAUUGAGGAUGGACCUGAACCCAGACCCAAUCUUAGAGGAGAAUCAAGAACAUUUAGAGUAUUUUUGGAUCCAAACCAGUAUCAACAGGAUAUGACCAAUACUAUACAAAAUGGAGCAGAAGAUGUAUAUGAAACUUUCAAUAUAAUAAUGAGGAGAAAACCAAAGGAAAAUAACUUUAAGGCUGUGCUGGAGACUAUUCGAAACCUGAUGAAUACUGACUGUGUGGUACCUGACUGGCUGCAUGAUAUCAUUUUAGGUUACGGGGACCCAAGUAGUGCUCAUUAUUCAAAAAUGCCCAAUCAGAUUGCUACCCUUGAUUUCAAUGAUACAUUUCUGUCCAUUGAACAUUUAAAAGCCAGCUUUCCUGGUCAUAAUGUUAAAGUAACUGUGGAUGACCCAACUCUACAGAUACCCCCUUUCAGGAUAACUUUUCCAGUAAGAAGUGGAAAGGGAAAGAAAAGGAAAGAUGCAGAUGAAGAUGAAGACACUGAAGAGGCAAAAACCUUAAUUGUUGAGCCUCAUGUUAUUCCUAACAGGGGACCUUAUCCUUAUAACCAACCCAAACGUAAUACAAUUCAGUUCACUCAUACACAGAUUGAGGCCAUUCGAGCUGGAAUGCAGCCUGGGCUUACUAUGGUUGUGGGCCCGCCUGGUACAGGAAAAACAGAUGUAGCAGUACAAAUCAUAUCCAACAUCUACCACAAUUUCCCAGAGCAGAGGACUCUAAUUGUUACUCAUUCGAAUCAGGCCCUGAACCAGUUGUUUGAGAAAAUCAUGGCAUUAGACAUUGAUGAGCGCCACCUGCUGCGUCUUGGUCAUGGAGAAGAAGAGCUGGAAACAGAGAAAGAUUUCAGUAGGUAUGGAAGAGUUAAUUAUGUCUUGGCUCGAAGAAUAGAACUUUUAGAAGAAGUCAAACGACUGCAAAAGAGUCUAGGGGUUCCAGGAGAUGCUUCAUACACUUGUGAAACUGCAGGUUAUUUCUUCUUAUAUCAGGUAAUGUCUCGUUGGGAAGAAUAUAUCAGCAAAGUAAAAAAUAAAGGCAGUACAUUACCAGAUGUUACGGAAAUCUCCACUUUUUUCCCUUUCCAUGAAUAUUUUGCAAAUGCUCCUCAACCCAUUUUUAAAGGCAGAUCUUACGAAGAAGACAUGGAAAUUGCUGAAGGAUGUUUCAGGCAUAUAAAGAAAAUCUUUACUCAGCUUGAGGAAUUCAGAGCCUCUGAACUGCUCCGCAGUGGACUGGACAGAUCUAAAUACCUGUUAGUGAAGGAAGCCAAAAUCAUUGCUAUGACCUGUACUCAUGCUGCCUUAAAACGCCAUGAUUUGGUAAAGUUAGGUUUUAAGUAUGACAACAUUUUAAUGGAAGAGGCUGCUCAAAUUCUGGAGAUAGAAACUUUUAUACCUCUUCUCCUACAGAAUCCUCAGGAUGGAUUUAGCCGACUGAAACGAUGGAUCAUGAUUGGUGAUCAUCACCAGUUACCUCCAGUCAUUAAGAACAUGGCCUUUCAGAAGUAUUCAAACAUGGAGCAGUCUCUCUUUACUCGCUUUGUCCGGGUUGGUGUUCCUACUGUGGACCUCGAUGCUCAAGGGAGAGCCAGAGCAAGCUUGUGCAACCUUUACAACUGGCGAUACAAGAAUCUAGGAAACUUACCCCAUGUGCAGCUCUUGCCAGAGUUCAGCACAGCAAAUGCUGGCUUACUAUAUGACUUCCAGCUCAUUAAUGUUGAAGAUUUCCAAGGAGUUGGAGAAUCAGAACCUAAUCCUUACUUUUAUCAGAAUCUUGGAGAAGCAGAAUAUGUAGUAGCACUUUUUAUGUAUAUGUGCUUACUUGGUUACCCUGCAGACAGGAUCAGUAUUCUAACAACUUACAAUGGCCAAAAGCAUCUUAUUCGUGAUAUCAUCAAUAGACGAUGUGGGAAUAAUCCAUUGAUUGGAAGACCAAAUAAGGUAACAACUGUUGAUAGAUUUCAAGGUCAACAGAAUGAUUACAUUCUUCUUUCUCUGGUACGAACCAGGGCAGUGGGCCAUCUGAGGGAUGUUCGUCGCUUAGUAGUGGCCAUGUCAAGAGCCAGACUCGGACUUUAUAUCUUCGCCAGAGUAUCCCUCUUCCAAAACUGUUUUGAACUAACUCCAGCUUUCAGCCAACUCACAGCCCGCCCACUUCAUUUGCAUAUAAUUCCAACAGAACCUUUCCCAACCACUAGAAAGAAUGGAGAAAGACCAUCUCAUGAAGUACAGAUAAUAAAAAAUAUGCCCCAGAUGGCAAACUUUGUUUACAACAUGUACAUGCAUUUGAUACAGACCACACAUCAUUAUCAUCAGACUUUCUUACAACUACCACCUGCGAUGGUGGAAGAAGGUGAAGAAGUUCAAAAUCAAGAAACAGAAUUGGAAGCAGAAGAAGAAGCCAUGCUUAUUCAAGCUGAUGACAUACCAAGUCCACCUGAUGACAGCUGUAGUCAAGAGACCCUGGCACCUCAGUCUGACACCACCCCCAAUCAGACUGAGACCACUGCCAGUCAGACAGGAGCUGAUUCCAAUCCAGAAGCACUCACUGCUUCAUGUGAGGUUAUUGCUUCUGAGGCUGUCACCCCUCAGGAUGCCACAUCUGCCCCAGCAGAGACCAACUAGUCAAACUAGCUUUUUUUAGAGAGGACAUUUCAGUCGUAAAGUCGAAGCAAAGUUACUUUUGGUACCUUACAUUUGCUUCAGCUAUUUCAAUGGCACUAAUUAAUGUUCAGUUCUUAUUUUUGUUAACUGGUUGUCCAAUGUAUUUUUUUUUAAAAAUUAAAUGUAUGUAAACAGUUUGGUUUCAUUUACUUAAACAGAAGGGCAAAUAACUGUUUCUUUUAUAUUUGAUCACUGAGUGUAUCUAUAAUGUAUCUACCUUAAUAUGAUUUCCUCUAGAGUGUAUAAGACAUACUUCACAUUUUUAGCAAGCUCUAGAGAAAAGAACAAAAUACACUGUAAUUAACUAUAAGUGCCCUUGAGCAAAUGUCCCAAUUAGGGAGGAAAUGGUUUCUUCUGUCAUGCAUACUCAAGUUCCAUCACCUUUGAUUUACCUUUUGUUCUUUCUUUAAAGACAUUCCAUAAAGAUUUCUGCAGUCUGUCAAAGAGAUUUCCUUCCCCAGAAUCUCAGAAUGUAUCAGAAUCACCUAUAGUGUUGUUUAUUCUUAGGGUCCACCUCAGACCUGGUCAUUCAGAAUCUCAAGCUUAGAUAGGCUGAUAGUGUUUGGGUUGUUGGGAGAGUGGCAUCAGAUAAGGCUGGUGAGGCUGAAAUAGGAUUUGUCACUCAACUGAACAGGAAAACUCUGGGCAGGAAGCAGGACCCAGACUCUGGGCAGUAAUUCAGCUAUUGUGCAGGGUGGAAGCCUCCAGUGCAGAGUUCUGUUUUGUGCCAUUUCAUUUUCUUUGUGGAUGUGCAGAGUUCAGUUUUGUGCUGUUUAGUUUUUGUGAAUAACUAUCCACAAGGACACCUUCAGGUCUACAGUGUACCUAGUUUGGAAGGGCAGAGGUAUGAGUACUUUCCUAUUUGAAGUUUAUUAGAAAUGUAGAGGUGUGGGCCCUACUCCAGAUCCAUUAAAUCUAAAUUUGUAUUGCAACAAAGUCCUCAGCUGAUUCAUUUGUAUUUUGUGGUUUGAGAAGCACUGUACUGAGAUUGGUGUGUUUUCUGACUAGUGACCUCUGCCUAUAAGGACUGUAUGGGAUGGUCAGAGCACAAUAGAAGAGAUGGAUGUGUAUUUGUAGGGGUAGGAGACAUUGCCCACUUGUUCUCUUCUUCCCAUCUUGAUCAUCCGCUAGGCUGACUGAGGAGAGGAUUUUCCCAAAGCACAUCUACCUAUGGAAUUAACCACAUCCAAGAAACUUUUGAGGAAAGAAUAAGAAUUGUACCCCUGAUCCUGGCAGUUUGAAGAGAUGGUUAAUUCAUAAGGAAAUUAAACCCACAAAAUUCAGUCAAUUGUAUUUUUGAGUCACUAAUGUUUGCUUAAUUCUACCAGGCUGUGGUGGAUAUGAUUCACACUUUCACCUUACAGUGUGUCUAACUGCAUUAGAACACUGUGUAAAUGUUAACUGAGGAGGGGGAAGUGAAAAGAUAUGAAAGGAGUAAAAUGUGAAGGAAACUACUAGGAAUCCCUGGUCUGUUUGUUAUCAGAGUAAGGAUCAAACCAGUCUGUUAUGUAAUUUCUCUGAUAUAAGAAUUUGAAAGCAGGUGUUGUGGGCAUCUGUAUGAGGAAUAGCACUCCCAGAAUUAUUUUCAUUUGUGAAUAUAUGGUAUCAGGCUAAGCAAGAUGGAAAGAAGCUUUGCCGUAUUACAGUCUUUCCUGGAAAAGAUUGAUUUUUCUCUCUACCCUUUAGAGGAUAUGAAUUAUGAUACCUGCAGCCAAAAUAAGCAAACUGCUGGGCAGCUUUCUCAAACUGUUUUCCAAGUCUAACUUAGAAAAUCUCUGUCUAACUGGAUGAUCAUUCUUUUUUCUUUGCUGCUUGAUUUUUCUACCACAAUUUAAAAAGCAAACGUAUGUGGAAGAUGGAUAAACCUUUUAUCAAAGGAAUUAAAAAAUGGGUGAGGGCAGUGCAAUUAAAUUGUUCAAUCACCAGAAAGGCCAGAGGGUUGCAGAGAAUCAUGGAAUUUUUAAGGAAUUUUAGAGAUUCUUUUUAAAAUAAUGAGGAAACAGAAUGGAGAGGCUGACAAAUGGGGGCAUAAGGUAAAAUUAAGUCCAUACUCCUAAAGCAGUAUUUUAUUUAUAUUUUAAAUCAAGAGUGAUGGCUUUACCAAUUCAAGAGUUUUUUAUUUAACCUGAGAUUUUACAGACAGGUACUAGAGUCAUCUACUCUUGCAGAUUAGUGUUCCCACUGCUCUCCAUCCUGUUUUUCAUAUUUGAAUAUGUCAUGAUUUGGGAUUCUAUUUUUAAAAGGAGACCAAAAAGAUGCAUGCUAAGAGAAUGAGCAUGAAAUGAAGCAAUUCAAGUAUUGAGACUUUUUUCCCCACAAAAUGCUGAGUUAAGAAAGUUAAUUACCAGCAGCUGAGAAUAAAUAACUCCAUUGAUUUAGGCAAAUGAAUGAGAAGAUCUAAACAUUAUCAGGACUCUUGAAGUUGGUGUGAUGAUAAAAGUUGAGAUGUUUUGCUAGAUACUAAAAAGAAACUGCGUAAGUGGAUCAUUUGUGCUUCUAUUAAAAAUGAAGCUUUUAUGAUCAGGAAAUAGAAUGAUAUUGUAAAGCAAACUUUGGACUCACCCUGACCUGGCUCAAAUUUUACCUAAUUUGUUUAUCAGCCUUUGAUUUGACCUUAGACAAGUUUUAUAACUUUAUAACUUCUGUAAGUCCCAGUUUUCUUUAUAAAAACAGGGAAGAAAUCUGUUUGGAUUUGUUAGUUUGUUUUAUAGAAUAAUGUUUAUGAAAAGAUUCAACUCCUAGCCACUCAGGAAAUAACAGUCCCUGUCUUCUCAUUUUUCUCCAAAACCUUGAGACAAUGUAGUAAAUUGUCACCUAAUCCUUUAAGUUGAGCACCUACCUGUGUCCCUAUCCAGAGAGCAUAGAAGACAAUGAAGGGGACAUGGUAGCAAUGGACCUUGAGGAUCUAUCAAAAUCAGGUCUUCUGGUUAGAGACUUCUGAAUCAGUCUAUUAUAACAUUGAGGGUGGUCUCUGCUAAAAUUAAAAUUCUCACAGAACAUUGUGACCAGAAGGAUAGUCACUAGGUCCCAUCAUGCUUCUGAUAUGUGUCUUAACUGCAUGGAACUAAUCAUGUCUAUCAGUUGUGAAUGUCUAUCAUGUAUGAAUCGUGUAUUGCCCCAGCCUUAAAUCAUUUAUGUUGUUGGAUUUGCUUGACUUUGUGCCAGGAGUGUGCUAUUUUCUUAUUUUUCAGUCAUUCAAAUGGUAUUUUCAGAGCUGUUUCUUCAAUUAAGAUAAGAUACAAUAGAUUUUUUUUUAAAAACAAUCCUUUUGUAGGAGCCAGAAGAGCUGCAAAAAAUAAGCAGUGCCUUCUGUAAGAAAACACUUAGCCAUUAGCCUUUGUAAUUAUUAGGCAAUCGUGUUAAUAGAUGUUUAUGAAUGGUGGAACUGGAACUGUUCUAAGCCAAGGUGGUAAAUGAAGAUAUGGGAGACGGUUUUUCCUUUACCCACUGGUACUCUUUAGUGCCCCAGAAAAGCUUUAAUUAAAUGGGAUCUAGAAGCUUUUGAUGCUCAGGUUUUUCUUUGUAGGAACGAACCCUAGCUCAACCCAUUGGAGUGUGGCUCAGAAUACAGCCUGGUUACUGCUGACAUUAUUCCAAUCUUAUUCUCUUGGCCUUCUCCCUUUAGGUUACACAAAUUGCUGUGGCUGGUAAGCUUUUUCACUUACAUACAAAGAUUUCUGAUCCCAUUAUCUUUCAGCAUAUUUCAGAAAAUACUGCUUUUGAAAAAUACUCUGAAAAAAGCAAUUUCCUUGGUCAAUUAUUUUUGGGAAACAAAAUGAAUAAUUGUGUUCUCCAUUUGCAGAAUCUCACUUAGCCAAGUAAAGGUUCUAAGAAGUCCUGCUGAAAAGAAUCGUGUAUAGCUUAUGUAUCACUUCUCAAACUUUAGAACAUAGAAUUUUUUUUUUUUAAUUAAAACACCUUAUGUAACUAUUUCCUCAGAACAUAGCUUAGGAACUGAUAUCUUUACAACUUGGACUCACCCUGAAAAAAUAAACCCCAAAUAUUUUUUUUCUCUAAGUAACUAGAGGCUGAAGUGACAUAGUUGAACAAAAACUAGAGGUGAGUGAUUUGUAUAAAAUGUCAUAUUAUAGUGUAAUUUGUUGAGUGUCAUGUGGCAUUAAUACCAACAUCCUGAAAUGGCAAGUUAAUAAGUUUGAUCAAUGUAACAUGACAUUCCUUCAUGUGAGCCUCCUAAGAAAAGGUCACUGAGCUUUCUCUGUUUUGAGACUCCAGAAUUUCACACCAAGCUUUUCUUCUCAUUUCCUAUCAUACAGUAAGAGUUUCUAUUUCCAGUAUGUCUUAUGUUCUCCAUUCUUUGUUUCUGGUUUUUUGUUUUUAAAGUUUAAAUUCUGAGAAAGAAAUGAAUUAUUUCACAUAGUAGGAGUGAGCCAGAAAUAAUGGAAGAAAAUCAAGGCAAAUAUAAAAAUGAAUACAAUUUCCUUUCAUCAGAGUGUUAAACACUGAGAACCCACAUAGUUACCUUGCAUCAGCAGGUUGAAUUCUCUUUUGCUUGAUAUCCAUAAAUGACUGUCCCCACAAUUCCCUUCCCCUCUGUGACUUCACAUUGUAUUUUCAAUUUAUACCUCAUGUUGCAAUUUAAGUUGAAGAACCUCAAAGAUAACUCUCUGAGAAAUGCCUGUUUUAAUAUAAAAAGUUCUUUUGACAAGCUGAGUUACUAACAUUUUUUAAAAAGUUUAUAGCUCUGAAUGGGAAUUGGUGAGUAUAAAACAAUAUCUGCUUUAGUUCAUUGGUUCAUUUUGGCCAUGUUUGUUUGGUUGACUUUUUCUUCUGGUUUCACAAACUGGACUGAAAGUGCCCUGUUAACUAUAGUCUUGAUACCCUUGACUUUGAGUAGCACCUUCCAGUGUGCUGGUUUCCUCUGACUGCCACAAAAUAGCAGUAGAAGAGGAGUAGACCUACUUAGUUGGCAUUUCAUUUUGCUUUUUUGACUACUUUUCACUGGUAGUGUUUUGAAUUUGGUAUAACGAAAUGUUGCAAGAUGUCUUUGCAUUUCUAAUUCUUGUGUUUGCAGUCUGUUAAGUACCUACUAUGUGCCAGGCACCUGAGCCAGAAGCAACCCAUUGGUUUAUAGAUAACACCAAGGGUGAAUUGCUAGGCUACCACAGUUGAUUGAACUGGGACUAGAACCAGGCAGAUUUGCUUACCAUACUGUUCUUUGAACUUCCUUGAGACACACUGAAGUAGAAGAAGCAACACUUAGGCUUUCCCCAUGAGUAAAAUGAACCUACUAAGAAUUCCUGUCAGGGUUAACAUACCAGAGAAGAGGCUAGGUUACCAAAAUAAGGAUAGGAAAUAAGAGGUCUGUAGAAAGAAUGCUCCAAUGACUUUUAGUAGAAAGCCAAAUUAGUAUUUGUUUUGGUUUAAAAAAUGUAUGAUGCCUCAUAAUGGGAAAGGACUUUAGUAGGGAUACUCUGUUCCUCCAAAACUCUAUAGUUAAUUAUCCAGAAGCCAUUUUGUAUUUUAAACAAUGAAAGAACAGGUUAAAUAGCAAUACUCUUAAAAUAUGUGAUGUCUAUUAAGGGGACAGAUAGGUUUCAUUAAAAUCUGUACUUUACCAUUAAUACACCAACUGGUUCAGUCUUCCAGUUAACUCCUCCUAUCACAAACCCAGCACUGGUAUAUUUGAGAAUUGAAAAGAACAUCCAUGUGAGUUAAAAGUCCCCAAGGGUAUAAGUUUAUUUGUAAAACAAUUCGAAGCAAUAUACUCCUACAAAAUUACAGAAAUAAGUUUUCCGAGACUGCCAUUGCAUAUCUUGAUCUAGUUGAACUCAUUAAAAGAAUGGGCUCAUGUGAGCAAGCAGAGGAUAUGUCCUCUACUGAAAUACAAUCCUAUCUUAGGGAAAAAGUCAUGAAUGUCAAUUUUCAUUGAUACUUCAGUAAUCUAAUUGAUCUUAACUUGCCAUACUACUAUUAAUAGUGGGCAUAGGAAGUGAAAUUAUUGGUUCUUAUCUUGAACUAACAAUUAGAGGGAGUACCAUCUCUUCACCCAGCUAUUCUGAAAUGUCAGAUGCAGGUCACAUGAAUACAAAGGUCCCUGACACCAAACACAGAGUUCUCAGAACAGAUUGGAGGUGUCAGCUCUGAGGAUUCCUAAACUAAAAUGAAGGAGUCAUUUUAUUUAUUUAUCAUUUUAUUUAGCUAUUUCCUAAUAGGAGACAUUUAAAUCAUUUUGGAUAUAUUUUAUUUAUAUUUCUGAUAUUUAUAUUUUAUGCUGGCCAGCUACAAAGAAUAACUUUAUAUUACUUUAUAGUCUGAGUGUAUUUCAAAGAAAAUCCCUGCAAGUGGAAUAACUGGGUCAAAGGUUAUGAGUACUUAUAAUUUUAAUAUAUGUUGCUUGUCCUUCACAAAAGUGUAUCCAUCUGCACUCCCACAGCAAAGUGUAAGACUGCUUGGUAGUUUGCUCAAAAUAGCCAUCCUGGUAAUGUGUAUUAUAAAACUUUGGAACAUCUUGCCAUUAUAAGUGAAGAAUCAUUUUAAUGUCAUUUUAAGUUGCAUUUCUCUGAUUAAAGCAAGGUUAAUAUUUUUAUGUUUAAGUUUAUUUGUAUUUGCCUAUCCUUUUAUUUUUACCCUUUAUGAUAAUCAUUUUGGUUUAGAUAUAUUUCUUGUGUACAAUGUAGAAUUGGAUUUGCUUUGUGAUUUAUUUGAAAAUCUUUUUUUAAAAAAAUGCUUGAACCUGUAAUACCAGCAGCUCAAGAUGCUGAGGCAAGAGGAUUGCAAGUUUGAGGCCAGCCUUAGCAACUUAGCAAGGACCUAAGCAA